ACAACCUGUUUGAGUUUUUUCUUUGGUUUAUUUAUUAUUUUCAUUUUAUUUAAUUUGAUCAAACUGCAAUUCCAAUAAAAUGGCUCGUUAUUUUAAAGAACAGGAUAUUGAUGAGUUCCGCGAGUGCUUUUAUCUAUUUGCGCGUUCAGGCCAAAUUAACAACUUGGACGAACUAACUGUUAUUAUGCGUUCAUUGGGAUUGUCACCCACCAUACAAGAACUUGUUUCGUAUUUGAAGCAAAAGAAUGGCAAAAUGAGCUUUGCUGAUUUCCUGGACAUCAUGCAUCAGCACUCUUCGGUGGAGAAUUUGCCGGACGAGGUGAUUGCCGCCUUUAAGGCUGCUGAUCCUCAUAACAAGGGCACUAUAUCAGCCAGGCAGCUGCGUAAUUUAUUACAGAACUGGGGAGAGGGUCUAUCUGUGCGUGAGGUGGACAACAUUUUCCGGGAGGCGAAUGUUAAUAACAAUAACAGCACAGUGCGUUACGCAGACUUUGUCAAAAUAGCCUGUGCACCAGUUCCUGAUUAUUAUUAGAUUCCGCACAUAUGCAUUCCAGUAAUUUAUUUCAAAUUAAAACUAGCACCGCUUGCGCACAAUGCAAAAUAAAGUUCACCAUUUGAUUAAGAA